ACACACCUGGGAACCCAGCGAAGACGAGAUUCAUGUGGUUCCACGCAAAUACCUCAGCAGUUGGAUCGCAUCAAAAACUGUCUCUGUCUAAUAUGCAGCUCUCAGGCGAAGGAUACUAUAAAUGCAGAGUUAACAACACUAUGGACCCUACGGGACGUGCCAAUCAGGAGGCAUACGACGAAACAACAAUUUACGUGGAUGUGCAAUUAUCUGAGAAGAUACGUAGAUUUUAUGCCGAAGGGUCAGUUUUCGCGUCCAGUGUAACUAUCAACGAAAGUCAGACUGUGGCGCUACUCUGUGAAGCUGACAGCGACCCUUUAGCAAAACUAGAAUAGAAAUCGUUAAUUUUACAAAAAGUGAUGAGCGCUUAUUGGUGGAAGCGCACAACAACACAAUAUUUGCUCGUGUGGCGAACGCACGAUGUGAAUAUGAUAUAGGAGUCUACCAAUGUAGAGGAAAGAACAUCCAUAAUGCAGUUAACCAGGUUCGCGAGGUAAAGAUCAGAAUUACAUGUUCCCCAAGACCUUCUCCAUUCGCUCCACCGAUUCCUAUAGCAUAAAGAAGAAGAAAUUCAUCAGCUAUUUUAUCGUUAACCAUCGUGGCCUAUCCUCCUCCAAAUGACGUAUCAUUAUGUUUGGCGUAAGCAGGUAGAUGGUGAAUGGGUAACACUGCACAAUAACAGCAGAUUUCUAAUUCGCACAUCAAACGACAGUCUGCGAACAACCCUUUCAAUAUCUAAACUACAAAUUGACGAUUUUACAAAUUAAUCGGUUCGUGUGAACACUAACUUCGGAUCUACAGAAGAAACAUUUGUCAUUCGAGCAAAUGUUCAGCUCUCUUUGACGCAACAACUUCUUGUCGUCGACGCCAUGGAGACUGAAAGUUCCGUCACAGUUCAAUGGACACUUGGAUUUAAUGGGGGUGAAGACCAAUGGUUCGUGAUCGGUUACAAAAUGCAGCAGACGAAUCCUGGACCUACAUUAAUGUAUCUUCAACAGUUAGUCAAUUGAGUAUUGGUGAAUUAGUUGCUGGCACAACGUAUGCAGUAAAAAUGUAUGCAGAGAAUUUAAUUGGAAACUCGGAUGAGACUCCUGUAUUAAGUGUUAAAACAAAGUCUGUUAUUUCGGAUCAACGAUCUUCUCCAUCAGUCGGGGCUGCAGCGGGAGAUGCUGUUGGCGGAACGCUCCUUGCAUUCAUCUUGGUGAUGCUCUGGAAAUAUAGAAAAGCCUUUAAACGUAAACCUGGCGAAGCUCAUUACGAUGACCUGUUCAAUAAACAAGCCAAUGUCCUUGCUGCCAAUACGAGUUCCGAAUAUGAAACCUACAAAGUCGAAUCACAGCACACAAACCAGUACGAGACAUUGGCUGAAACUUCUUUUCACGAAUAUUCGGUGUUAUCACCUGGCGGCAAACAGGAUUAUAGUGUAACGAACCGUGUAACUCAAGUUACUGAAACUGAUCGUGAUAUCGUGAAUCAGGAAAACGCCUAUGUUUGUUUGCAUUUUCAGAAAUAUAAAUAUCGUUUCAUUUUGUAAUUGGAGUGAUUACAUCAAUUUAUUUUUAUAGCGCACAUUAAAGUAUUCACACAUUGAACGUUGUUUGAUUAGAAUUUUUAAUGAUAGUUAAUUGUAAGUAUGUGUUGAAUGUGUAUUGUAUUAAUACAAGCAAUAUUGGAAUUUA